AUUACAUCUCAUGACGUUAUGAUCUUUGUGACGUCAUUGCUGUUUCCCGCAAAAAUUGAUUGCCAAAUUAUCGGGAAAUUCUAUAUCUCCGAAAAAUUACGUCACAUUUACAUUCGUGACGUAAAAAUCAUGGUGCUUUAUUAAAAUAUGGAUUCUAAAAUUGUUCGCGACAAAAAGGGUCGAUUUACAUCGACAGGAAAAUUUCAAAGAUAUGAAAAAUUUAUCGAAAAAUUUAGAAUUCCUAGUUUUGAGAAUGAAGAGGAGAUUUGUGACGACUGGGGAGACGGGCGAAGAAUAGUGGAACUGAAAUAUCUAUCAGAGCAGUUAAAAUCAUGCCCGAACUGUUCAACGCCACUUCAUCUUCAUUUUUGCAAGAAAGAACGCAUGUACGGUUUGGGGAGUAUUUUGUACAUUGAAUGCGAGAUGUGUAAAAAUGAAGUUAAGAUAUAUACUGGAAAGCAACAUCGAUCAAAUGGCACCGUCAAGGGAAUGAAAAUAUGGGACGUAAAUACAAAGUGUGGCCUAGCUAUGGAUCAUGCUGGACUAGGACCUUAUCAAGUUUCAAAUUUUCUAACCGCUCUAAAUUUGCCUUCCAUUCACCCAAGCACGUUGCGGGCUAGAGAAAAUGAGAUUGGCGCAACACUGCGAAAUUAUACACAGGAAUCGUGCGAUGAAGCUUUAUUAAAGGAAGCAAACUUGACAUCUAAGUCAGGAGAAGAUCAUGAAGAUGAGGACGAUACAAGUCCGAUAAAUAUUUCCUUCGAUGCUGCGUGGCAGAAACGUGGAAGCGGAAGGUCGUACAAUAGUCAUUCAGCAACUGCUACGAUGAUCGGUAUGGAAACAGGUAAAAUCGUCGCAUUUGACCUCAAAACCACGGACUGCAGAAAAUGUUUAUUUACCCAAACUGAUGAUCAUGAUUGCAAUAAAAAUUUCAACGGCAGCUCAAAAGCAAUGGAAUCUGCAUUAGCUAUUGAUAUGGCUCAAUCUUUGAAAGACAAAGGUUUUAACAUUUCGAAAAUUACUAUGGAUGACGAUUCAACUACAAUUUCAAGGAUGAAAAAAACUGUAGAUCCUAAUAUAGCAAAAAUAAGUGACAAAAAUCAUGUUCGCAAAAAUAUUUCAAAUGCGCUUUAUAAACUUCAAGAAAAGCACAAAUCGUUAUCUACAAAAACGAUCAAUUAUUUGCUCAAAGAUGUUUCAUACGCAAUUUCCCAAAAUAAAGGUAAUCCAGAGGGUUUGCAGAGUAACAUCAGAGCAAUUAUUCCACAUUCCUUUGGCGAUCACUCCCUUUGCGACUCUCAUUGGUGUGGAUACUUAAAAGACUCAUCAAAUUAUAAACACAGAUCUUUGCCCUAUGGAAAAGAUCUCGUAGGUGAUGACUUGAAGAGAGACUUACAAGAAAUGUUUUGCCAUUAUUCAGAAAAUUCUCAGAAAAUGGCAAACUUGGGCAGCACUCAAGCUAACGAAUCUAUGAAUUUUCUUAUAAGUACUAAGGCCCCAAAAGCUAAACAUUUUGGUGGGUCUUCUUCUCUCGGACACAGACUGGCAGCAGCAGUAUCACAGAAAAACUGCGGUCGAAAAUACAUCAGUCAGGUUCAUAAUCGUCACGGCUUAUCGCCCGGGAACUUCACAAUCAGGCACAACGAUAAAAUGGAUAAGAAAAGAAAGGCAGAAAAAAAUCGAGAACAAACAAAGGGCGCAAAGAGACGCCGACUGGUAAAAAAAUCUGUCCAAGCGAAAUGUACAAAAACCAAAGAAAUACGGGAGGGUGUACAAUAUUCAACAUCGGUAGACCUAGUUGCAGAUACAUGUACCGAUUCAAUACAGACAAUUCCUGACAAGAUGGAACCACCAACUCAAACAUGCAUUGGCUUAGAAUCUGCCAAGAAUUCGGAAGUGGUGGUUUUUGAUCUGGAGACCACAGGAUUCGGUAAAGCUGUAUACAUGAAUUAA